AUGACCUUGCCCGGGGACAGCAGUAAUAGCGCUCCUGGUAUGGACAGUAUUACCUGGAACCCAGCACUCAAUAAUAUCGGUUACAUUCUUGAUGAGACUGGCUUUUCUGGACAGGUUAUAUGGCCUGACCCAGCAUCGGCCUUUGUGGACUAUCUGCACGGCCAAACUUCUUUCUUUCUCACAACGCAGGAAAAGUCCAAGGCACUACACCCAUUAGACAAUUAUUCUCUAUUACUUUCGCGGGAUCCGCUAGACGUCUCCCUACCACUUCUAUCCUCGUCGACAGGCAGUAGUCACCUAGGGCCAUCCGCGGGACGCGACGACGUAGAGACCUCUAACUCCGGUGUCUCCUGGGACAUUAUAAGUAUGUUUGCUAGCUCCUUUAUCCCGGACUUGUCCCAUGCAGCACUACAAGACACAGCCAGUCUAUCUCGGGAGCUUUUCGGGAUCCUGUGCGAGUAUUCGCGAAUGAUGCUAGAGCCUAACUUCUGGUCCCCCUUCAUCCACCACCGUCUCUACCGGUGCUCUAAGGACGGCAUGGCUGAAGCCCUCGGAAUUUCCCUAGCCUGUGUGUCGGCCUAUUUGAGCUCUGUCGAGUCUAGCUUUGAAUUCGUUGAUAACAUGAUCAACUCUCAACGGGAGCGGCUGGUCCGCGAGUUUCACCUUUAUAGUGACCGUCCGGAAACCUGCCUCGCCGCCCUACAUGCUGUUUGCCUGUAUCAAAUCUUAGGACUCUUUGGGGGGCCGUCUGUAGAUAGCCCUAGAUUGGGUCAUAGCACGCCCUUGAAAGAUAGGAGUGAGCGAAGUCGCGAAGACUCGGGCAAGGCUUCAGAACUCCACGGUUCCUUUUUACUGAAGAUGACCCGGCCUCUCUGCAAGCUGCACCAAAAAGCCCUCGGGCGAUACGAAGUAGGCUGGUCUGAGUGGAAAUUUACUGAAUCCCUCCGCCGCAACGUCUUCUUAGUCCACAUCGUUAAUAUACUCGCCGCUGAAGCCCGGACGCUGCACUCUGACUACUUUGAGCCAUUGAAUAAUGCCAUGAUUCUACAGAUGCCCCUUCCAGGACCGGAGUACAUGUGGUGCGCCUGCAGCGAUGCGGAAUAG